AUGUAUACUAUUCCUGACCACACCAUAGUCAUGAAUUAUACGGAGGCUGAAAAUCUUGUCUAUGAGGCCACAAAUGAAGAUCCGUGGGGUCCGACUGGUCCGCAAAUGAAAGAGAUUGCUAACUAUACUUUCCAGUAUGAUAGUUUCUACCAAGUUACUAAUCUACUCUGGAAAAGGAUGUUGGAAGACAAUAAAUCUGCUUGGAGAAGGGUGUACAAGGUAAGGGUAGAAAAAUUAUUCAUUUUUUAUAGUUGUGCUGACCCCAGAACCACUAUUAGCUGA